AUGAAUUAAUAGGAAGAAUACAUUUUUAGUUCUGUUAUGAUCCAUUCUAAACAAGAAGUUUUGGAAUUUAUUUGCAAAAACUAAAUUUAUUUUCCUCCACAUUUAUAAUCAAAACUUUUAUUAUGGAAUUGCUUUCCGAUUGUAAAUUUUAAUAUUUCAUAAAUCGAAAUGAGUUUUGGAAGUUUCUUUUAUUAAAUUAUAUAGCUUUCUUAGAUUCAAGAAGUAAAAAAUUAAUUUUGUAAUGUUUUGAGACAUAAGUUGAUUGAUUUAUAAUCAGAAAGCCUAAUCUGCCUUUGUAGGUUUAUUUUUUAAAAAGAAUCUUUAAGUGUUUUUCCUCAAAGCAAUGAAUUUAAAGCAAUUAGCAUUGUUUUAUAGGAAAGCUUUGUUUAUGAAAAACACAGUUCUAAUAAGAAUUUUUCUUGUUAUAAAAGUCUAAAUGGCAAUAUGGUAUAAGAUUUGAAUGAAUAAGACAUAAAAUAUAGAAUUCUGUUGUACUUAGGUGAUGAAAAAGAUGGCAGUAGGCCUUACUUAAUAUUUUCUUCAAAUAAUAACAUACCUUAUUUGUAAUAAUGCAAUUUAAUCCCUAAUAAAUUAAAUUAAUAAUAUUUAAGUUCACCAUAAGUUUAAUUUAAUUGUGAAAUUUAAAAUUUUGAAAAAGUUUAACUGAAAUAAUCAACAAGUUAAUCUUAGAAUAAUGAAAAUUAACAAUAGACAAUAUAAAAUAUUGUUCCAAAUUCACAAAAUUGUUUUUAACAAUAUUAAAAAUUAGGUUCUUUUGGACAAAACUUUGUUAAUCACAAUAAUAUUAAUUAGAAUAAUAAUUUUACAAAUCCUUAGAAGAAUAAUUGGUAGAUUGUAAAAGAUUUUGCCAAUCAUUAAAAAAUGUUGAAUAAUGGUAGUUAAAAUAGUAAUAAUGCCUUCAAUAUAGGAAAUAGUACAGCCUAAUAAUAAUAAUAAUAAAUUCAAUACUAAACACAGUAAAAAUAGCCACCUCAAUAAGAAUGGCACUCAUAAUAAAAAACUUCAAGUUAAAUGUCAUUUUAAAAAUAAUUAAAAACUGACUAUUCAUCUGAAUGCACUGAUAUAAAUUAGUUCUAGAAAUAGAAUUCUUUCUCUUUAGCUUAUACAUCUAUAACACAACCAGUUUCGGAUGAAGAUGUAUUCUCAACACAGCAUAUUAUAAAUGAAACUCAAGAAGAAACAAAAAAUAGGAGAAUAAUUACUUUUGUUAAUAAAUCAACAUAGUAAGAUAAUCAAGAAUGUGAAGUAUGCGCAGACUGUUACAAUCCAAAUUCAAGCCAAGCUAUUUUAACUCCUUGUUGCUAAAAGAAACUUCAUGCAUAAUGUGUUUAAGUAAAUUUAUUUUAAAAAGCAAAAGAUAAUGCGAAUUUUUAAAAUAUUAAAUGUUAUAGUUGUGAAAAAUCAUUGGAAAGUUAUUAGGAUUUUAUAAAAAGUAAUAUUGCUAAAUAACAUUUUAUUGAAAUUGUAAAAAAGUAAGUUUUAGCAAACAUUCCUUUGAAAUGUUUUAAUUGUUCAUUGGCAAUAGAAGCAGACUAAUAGAUUUUAUCUAAAUAGGAUAUGAUUGAAUGCUAAAGAUGCAAGAAAAAACUUUGUAGUUUGUGUCGACAAGAGUAUCAUGGCAAAAAUUAAUAAGUAAAAUUUUUAUUUAUAUUAGAAUUAAUAAUGCCCAAGUCUUUCCAAAGAGAUUCAAAAAGCAAUUUAAGGAAUGCCAAUUCUUGUAUGUCCUUUUUGUAAUUUAAUGUAAACAAAAGAUGAAAAAUGCAAUCAUGUGAGCUGUUUUGGAUGCUAAAAAGAUUUGUGUUCAGCCUGUUCUGCUGAUAGAAUUCCUAUUAAAAGUCACGGUAAUCAUUACCAUAGAAAAGGUUGUGAAAACUACAAACCAUGGGAAUAAAAAGGAAAAAUAAUUACAAAAGAAGAAUAUGAACCUAAUAAAUGUGAAAAUUGUAAAUUAUCAAAAAAACCAUGUAAAUAUCCAAUAAGUUUGUAGGAAUACAAAAAUUUAAAACAGUUUUGA